AUGUCCUCGGAAGGAAAUGUUACCUUGGCAUCGACUGUCCUCGGCACUAUCGGGACAGUCCUAUGGUGCAUUCAGUUGAUACCGCAGAUCUGGUACAACUGGCGACGAAAGAAUACAGAUGGAUUUCCCGCUGCGAUGAUGUUUCUCUGGGCCAGCUGUUCGGUUCCAAUGGGCGCAUAUCUGAUCUUGCAGCAAGUCAAUCUCCCGUUACAGAUCCAGCCUCAGAUUUUCGGGUUCUUUUCUCUUGUUAGUUGGGGUCAGAUUCUUUACUAUAAUCAUAACUAUAGCAGAACCAAGGCAAUCUUGAUCCCAUAUAACAACGGCGUGAAAUGGCCCGAUAUCGUGGUUGGCGUCGUAGCAACCAUCCUCCUCAGCUUGGGACUCCUGCCACCAUACUUUGAACUGUGGAAGCGAGACGGCCGAGUGAUUGGUUUCAAUUGGGUCUUUCUCGCCAUUGAUACCUUCGGCGGACUGUUUUCUCUUUUUGCAUUAGCGGCACAGGGCUCAUUCGAUGUGUUGGGAGGGAUCAUGUAUAUUUUAGUGGUGGUCCUCGAGGCGGGGAUUUAUAUUAGCCACAUUGUCUGGCGGAUUCGCUAUCGCAAGCUGCUCAAGGAAGCCAAAGAGACAGGGAAGAGCAUUGAUGAGUUACUUGCGAGAGACGGUACACAGGACACAGGGGACCCUGAGAAGGGGUUUGUUCCUGCUUCUCCUGGGGAUGUUGGGAACCAAAGACAAAAGCAGGGGGCAUCAAUACCUCAUAUUGAACGUGGUGAGAUUGAGAAACUCUGA